AUGAAGAUGAGCUACACUCCUUCAAAGAGUGCCACUGCCUUCUAAGAGGACGCCUAGAUUAAUCUAUAGCAAAAAUUGACUUAACAUUGCAAAGCAUUGAUAUUUCAAAGUUUAAUCAAGAUCAAAGUAGAGGAUCAUUCAUAGGCUCAAGCAAGGGUUAAGCAAGUCAGAAGAAUCAACAGUAAGAUUGAGAAUUAUUUAAUGUUAAUUGCAAAUAGGAAGAAUUGUGAAGCUGUGAUGACAAUUGAGAAAACAGAUAUUGUGAAAAAAUAAGAUACCGAGAGUUUCCAGUUUCGAUUACUUGUUUUAAGAAAAUACGAGGACGAAAAAGAGAUUAUCUUUCAAUCUCACCAGACUAUUCAAGAGAGGCCUUGCUGGAGAGACGACAAAGUGCAGUUCGAGGUUGCGCAUCAUUUUGAUGAGUUUUUCUUGCAAAUAAUAACUACAGAGAAGAUUAAGCGCAAAAGGUCGGUCAACGAAGUCUCUCUUAAGAGAGGAGAUAUCGAAAAGAUGUAUGAUGAAAUCGUACUUCCCAAUCUAAUCCUUGAAUACAAAAAUCAUUUUAUGCUGCAUAGCAAUCUUGAGAUUGAGUUAAAAAGUGAGAUCACCAAUCACAAGUAUCUGAUUAAGUUUAUCUGUCAGAUGGGAAAACCUUAUCGAGAUUACUUGGAAUUGAAUAAAAAUAGAGAUGAGUUACUUAAGAAAGUUGAGGCACUAGAAGAUGAUAUAAUUCUCAAGAGGCAAUAGAUGAUGAAACUAAAACAAACUAUGGGCCAUUCGUACAGCAUUACCAAUCUAAAGAUAGGAGGUGCAGGUGCUAAUUAUGAGUUAAUAAAGCCUACGAUUCCAAUUAAUAAUUAAUCUCAUUCAAAGGAUAAAUUAUCUAACUCAAAGAUUAUCUCAAUGCAGAAGUAAAUAACAUUCGCUAGUCCGUUUAGUAAGAGCAAAAAUGGACCCGGAUGUGUCAAUAUGAUUGCAAAUCUCUCUAUUAUCCAGGAAAAUCCUGAUGCUGAUGACUCAUUACCUAAGACAUCAUUUGAAGAGAUCUAAUAGAAUGGCCAAUCAUAUCUUAAUCUGACAAGAGAUAACCUCAAAAAGUUCGAAGAGUACUAAAAAAAAUAUCAGCAUCUAUUUCCCGUUUCUCACAAUUUAUACGCAGUUUCAAGUUCCUCUUAAGAGGGGAGACAAGAAAUAUAAGACAUAGAUCCAAAGUUCUACAACAAGAAUUCAAAGCCCUAAAAAGGAUCAUCUAGAAAUAAUUUAUAAAAUUUUUGGAAUAUUCCUAAACUCUCGAUGGGAGCUCUUCUCAGUAGCAUACCAAUGGUUGGAAGAACUUUCUCUGAGUACAAACCUACUGUUUAGUAAACUCCAAAGUAAAAUAAAGAAAAAGGAUGUAAAACAAUAGCCUCUGAUAAGUCAGUUAUUGGAAGCUUCAUUAGUGGCAGACAGAGUGUAGUUUCCACAAAAACAGGAUUUAUGUUCAAGUGCUUUGACUCUAUGUAUGGUGCUAAACGAAUGCUAAAUAAUGCAGAGUCAAGAAGUAUAUACAAUGGAAGUAUUAAAGCUUCUGUACUUGGUAGAGUAGACCAUGACUUUGAGGGAUUUGCUGUAGACGAAUAUAAAAACUUUUAAGACUAGGAUUUCAAUAAUAAUCUGGAUGUAUAAGCAAAAAGACUUUCGAAUAACGUUAUAUACACAGAGUUUUCCAACUCACCCCCAGAAAAUAAUGAUGUAAUAUAAGCUAAUUUAUUAAAGAUAUGA